AUGGUGCAUAGGCAUCACUUUGCAAGGUAUGAGAUCCAAAGUGACUUGAGAGUGCAAAGGUUUCAAAAGCACCAAGACUCCCCAGCGCAUCAGAUAGCAAGUGCUGCUUUCUCCAAAGGCAUGGCUGCAGAGACCAGUCCAGGUGAGGUGGACGAGAGCAUGGCUGCUCCCAGUUAUGAAGAGUGGAAAGCUGUGUUGCACGAGCCAGGGCUAGGCGUCGUAAGCUCAGUCGGUGGCCUGGGAAAGUGUCGUAUGAUGCGUUGGUGCUUAGCCGCCGCACAUCGCCGGGCCUUGAAGGAGAAGAUUCAAGACGCAGUAACCAUCAGCAUCCAACAAGACAUGCGGGGGAAUCGGUCGGAUGGCUUGCGAGAAGCAACCAUGUCAUGCAUCAAAGAGUUCUGCAGCAAAGAUAUUCCGCCCAAUUAUGGAGGCUUGCGGGUCGCCCAGAAAGUAAAAGGCCCAGCAGAGGUGGAUGAAGACUUGCAUCUCCGGCUUUGCCAGCGCAUCGAAGCUUUUGCGGCAGACAGCGCUGCUGACGAGCAGCUGGCAGCGAGAGAGCUGCAGGGUGGUCCUCUGGCAGGUCCUAGUAUCCCGCCAAUUCUGGAUUCGUUAUCCCAGCUGCUAUCUCGGCCGUGGGCAGCAGAGUCCUUUCUCAAAGCCUGUGUGGUAGAGUUCCUGGAGAAGCCCAACAGCAUCGCCAAGUUGAUCACCUACAGGCCAGCCAUCAAGCAGCUGUAUGAAGAUUUCAGGAAAAGGUUGCCCGAUGCCUCGUGUGGCAAAGAUUUGCGAUAUGCGCCACAGCGCUACGCAAGUGAGUCUGUGACUUUGCUACGCAUCGUGAUGUCCUUUCAGAGUAUCCUGGGCACACUAUCGUGUGUGCCAGACUUGCGAGGCAGCAGUUCGGAAGAAGGAGCUGCCUGCUUGCAGACUCUUCAGUGGCUGAACACCGAAAAAUGCCUGCAGCUCGCAAUGUUGGGCGACGCAGCGUUGGAAGUCCAGCGCCUCGUAGAGAUCGCUGACCAGAACGAAGAGGACAUCAUCGAGUUUCCAUUCCAUGUGCAGCAUUUCCGACAGGUUAUCAGCAAGCUGUUCCUUGAGGGCAUGUGUCUGCAGGUGCCUUGCUUGACCACGGUGAUGUUGCAGCAGCUGGAGUCCAAGAAAACGUUUCUGCUGCCACAGGGCAGAGCCGUUUCGCUUGGUGGUGACAUGGAAGAGCGGGUGAAGUCCUCAUGCCUUCGACGGAUGUCAACCUACGUCGCCCUGACAGAGAGGGUUCUCAAGGCAGAGUUCCCAAGCUACGAGAUCAUGGCUUGCUUCAAGGUGUUCAGCGUCAAGGACAUGGCCCGGUGCAAGCAGAUGUGCCAGAACGGCGAGCGAGCGCAAGCGCUCCAGAAGCUUGCCAAAGUAAUUGGUGUCAAUGCAGAUGCUUUACAACAUCAGUUCCAACAUCACGAGUCCCUGGCCAUCAAGCUAUGUCACGUGGGCGGCCUCAGUAGCUUCGAGGCGUGGAAGCAAGCCGUGCAGAAGAGGAAGUCGAACCCAGCAGAACUGAUUGCCGUGUUGGCUCGCAGUGGGGGCUGGUCAGCUUCGUCCAGCACUGUGGAGCGCGGAUUUGCGCACGCUAAGGCUUCGGCUGGUGAUGGCAAGAGCCAGGACGAGAACUUGGAUGACGAGCACGACUGCGUGGUCCUCGCUCAGGAUGUCAGGCCCAAGCUGUCCAGCACCACUGAGAAGGUUCUCAUUGGCGACGCAGCCGCAAUUUGGCGCUCGGUGUGCGGCCGCGCCCGGUCAAGCGGUCAGAGUCGUCAAAAACGGCCACAUUGCCAGAAGCGGGAGAGCGAAACGGGCUUUUUGCAAGCGCGGGCUGCAAUCGUGGACAAGACUGUCAGCGCAGAUCCAGGAGCAAUCGGCCGUCUUCCAAAGACAAUCACUUCCGUUGACGAGAUGUUGAACUCCUUGACGCCCGAGUUGCUGAGCGAGAUUAACUUCAACAACGGGAACGAGGCCAAAGCUCGUGUGGAGGCGUAUCUGCAAGGACAUCUCUUGCCCGAAGAGAUCACGCCCGAGCUUGUGGAUCAGUCCACCGUGCUCCUGCAGAAGAUUGCAAAGGCUCAACGCGAGCGCAACAGCAAGAACAACAACAUCAGGAGGCAAUCAGCACAAAUGAUCAUGCUACUGCUGCAGGUUCCGUGGGACUCGAACGUGAAGCUGUUUUCGACAAUUCCUGGCUACCGUGUACCAGUACAUGUCAGACAAGUGGCGAACAUGUCAGAGGCCGAACUCAUUGUCGUGCAGGACCCUGCGAAUGCAGCUGCCCAUCCUAAGUUCACUGCGGGCAUAAUGGGCGCCUCUCUCUGCACACCCGAGUAUGCAGACAGCAAAGCAUCCCGUGGAUCGUGCGUGGCCUUCCGCAGAGCUACCAGCAUCCACCGCAAUGUUUUCAUCACAGAUGCAUUUAUGGGGGAGAACUUGGCCAUUGCUCAGGAUUUGAUGCAGGCCUUCCGGAUCGACAAUUGCAAGUGA